AUGCCGACGUACUCGACGCAGGUCCUGUUGGAGAGGCCCAAGAUGGCUAGCAGGUCAGCCUCUCUGGCGAUUGCCGAGUAUGACAAGGCCGGGAAUCUCAAGGCCAAAUACGUCGAGUCGGCCUCGAGGAUAGGGCCCUCGAGGGUCGACGUCCUGGACUCUGUCCAGGCGUUUGCCGGCUCCAUUGCCGGCAUGAUCUCGUCUCGUGCUGUCUGGGAAGGUCUGGGUGUUGGCGACUCGUUGGCAUCCCCAACCGGAGCCAUGCUGGUCCAGGUCAUCAGAGAGUCCACGGGCAGGUUCGCGACCAUCGCAUUCGCCCACCUGUUCGGGACGUCCAUCGAGGCCGAGUGCAAGGCGUGGCGGCUGGCCGCGGACGUGCUCUGCGACGUCGCCAUGGUUCUCGACUGCCUGUCUCCCAUCUUCCCGCACGGCGUCAGGUUCCUCGUGCUGUGCUUCUCGAGUCUGCUGUACUCGGCCAGCGGCGUCGCGGGGAACGCGUCCAAGAGCAGCCUCAGCGGCCACUUUGCCAAGUGGAACAACCUCGGCGAGCUCAAUGCUAAAGACGCCAGCCAAGAAACGGCCAUCUCUCUAAUUGGAAUGAUCUCUGGCACAUUCGUGGUAUCGCUGCUCACAGACCAAAGAGCCACAUGGGCGACGCUCAUCUUCCUUCUGGCACUUCAUCUCUUCCUGAACUGGAAGGGCGUCAGAGCGGUCAAGUCCCGCUCGCUCAACCGGCAGCGGGCCAACAUUGCAUUCUCGGCCUUGUUCUCCAAGGGCCAGGUCCUCACGCCUCAUCACGUCGCCGAGAGGGAGCGCAUCUUCGAAAGGCGCGGGGGCGAGGUAUUCCGCUGGAACUCGGGGGUGGUCCUCGGCCAUUGCAAGUACGGCGUGUCUCUCCAGUCUCUUCUCGAGGCUCUGGCCAGCGGUCGCGGCGGCAGGGAAAGAUGUUUCCGCCUCGCGACGGUGGACUUGUCCACGCUGCUCCGUCGCUUCGAGAAGGAGGAGUAUGUCCUCUGGUGCGUGGUCUCGGAGCGGACGUCGUACGACGCAGCGUCGAGGGUCAAGGUCAUGGUCGUGCUCAAGGACGGGGUCUCGCCCAAGUCGCAGCUGAAGGCCUGGUUCCACGGGCUGCUGCUGGCGAGGCGGCUGAGCGGCCAGAGGGAAGACGACCUGGCCCAGGCCGGGCUGGACCAGCUGGUGAUGCUGCACCACAUCGAGGCGAGCCUGGAGAUCGCAAGCGAAAAAUACGAAGAGUAUGCGAGGAGGCUCUGCUUCGCGGGCUGGAACCUCGACGUGUCCGUGCUGGAGACCCGAUCAGGUUCUCGGAUCGUACGCGAGCCUGACGCAACGGAGGCGCUCAGAGUUCAUGCGGAGGAACGGACGAUCUAG